UGCCUGGUUUGCCGGGCUAGCUGUGCGUAUGUCUGCACCUACAGAUGGCUAGUCCCAAGUGCAAGGCCUCAAAAUCUUGGCCGUGUUUCUAGCUCCGCACAUGGCAGCUGCCUGCUAAUCCUGUCUUCGCCACGCGCGCCUGUCACUGUGAUCUACCGCUAAAUUGUUGUCGAAUUAUUACAUAUAUCUAGACACUACAUUCAUAUUUAGAAAAUUUUGAGUCAGGGCACGGAAAAUUUUUACUCGCGGGUUCCAAAGACAGCAUAAGUACAUCGCUACUUAUAUUUCCAAAAUGCACUGUUUCCCCUAUUUAAGAGUCAUAGACCUUGUUACUUCUUCUACCUCUCAGGAUAUAUUUCCUCUUCAUGUAAACUUGUCUUGCUCUGUCUUUGAUUCGUCUUGGUAAACACAGAAGCCAUGGCGGUCCUAGUACUAGCUGCCGCGGUGCUGUGGCUAUGCUGCGCCGGUCGGGACGCGCAGGCGCAGGCGCCAGCAACGCAGCUGCAGUUGGGGUUCUACGCGCAGUCUUGCCCCCAGGCGGAGGUCAUCGUGCGGGACGAGGUCGGCAGGGCCGUCUCCGGCGACCCCGGCCUCGCCGCCGGGCUCCUCCGCCUCCACUUCCACGACUGCUUCGUCAAGGGCUGCGACGCGUCGGUGCUGCUGGACACGAUUGCGGGCAACGGCAGCACGGCGGCGGAGAAGGACGCGGCGCCGAACAGGACGCUCCGUGGGUUCGAGGUGAUCGACGGCGCCAAGAAGCGGCUGGAGAGCGCGUGCGCCGGCACCGUCUCCUGCGCCGACAUCCUCGCCUUCGCCGCCAGAGACAGCGUCGUGCUGACCGGCGGCAGCCCGUACGGCGUGCCGGCGGGGCGGAGGGACGGCAACGAGUCGUCGGCGUCCGACGCGCAGGCCAGCCUGCCACCUCCCACCGCAAACGUGGCCCAGCUGACCCAAAUCUUCGCCAGGAACGGGCUCUCCCAGGAGGACAUGGUCACGCUCUCCGGGGCGCACACGAUCGGGGUGACGCACUGCAGCUCAUUCAGCGCGCGGCUCUACUCGGGCGACAACAACAACAGCGAUAACACGGGCCAUGACCCGGCCAUGGACGACGCCACGGCGACGGAGCUGGCCCGGCGGUGCCCGCCAGGGAGCGCCGACACGGUGCCCAUGGACCUCGGCGGCGGCGGCGGCCCAGUCGACGAGAACGCGUUCGACACGGGCUACUUCCAGGCGCUGCUGGCCCAUCGCGGCCUGCUGGGCUCCGACCAGGCCCUCACGGCCGACAACGCCACCGCGGCUCUCGUGGCCCAGAAUGCCGGGAACCUGUAUUUGUUUGUCACCAGGUUCGCCGACGCCAUGGUCAGGAUGGGCGCCGUCCGGGUGCUCACCGGCAGUGACGGCCAGAUUCGCACCAGUUGCAGGGUCGUAAACUGAUAUAACAGCAUACAGACAGUACCAUUUUUUCUUUUUGCGAGUUAUUUCUUUUUUGUUUCUAUGUCUUUCAAAAUGCUGAAAAUGCGACGGAAUUACACACCCAUUUUGGCACUAAGUACGUACGUUGCGCUGAAAUCUAUACUCCAAUAUAUCAAUGAUCUAUAGCUUCUUUUCUAACGA